CUAAGCACGUCGCACCACUUCGGGAAUCGACUCGUACCCAGCUGUAUCGGAUUACAGGGCUGGCCCGUCUCCAAGGCAUCUUGCCUAUUGCUGGUCAGGAUCACCGAGAAUGUGGGAGCGGACUCUCCAAGAUCUCAUUCGCGGCCUACGCGCCAACAAGAAUGACGAAGCCAAAUUCAUAGCCCAGGCCAUGGACGAGAUUAGGAAGGAAAUAAAGAACAAAGACAUGGAACUCAAGGCAGGCGCCGUCAUGAAACUUACCUAUCUCAACAUGUUAGGGUACGACAUGAACUGGGCAUCCUUCCAUAUCAUAGAGGUCAUGUCGUCUUCAAAGAUCCACCUCAAAACAGUCGGGUAUCUUGCCGCCGGCCAGUCUUUCGACGACGACACCGAUGUGCUCAUGCUCACCACCAAUCUGAUCAAGAAGGAUCUGAGCUCUAGUCCUGCCGAGGUUGCGAUUACACUGAACGGCCUGUCCUCUGUCGUCACACCCGACCUUGCGCGAGACCUAAUACCUGAAGUCUUCGCUAUGCUCAACCACUCCCGUCCUCACAUCCGCAAGAGGGCCGUUUUGACCCUCUACAGGGUGUGCGAGAGGUAUCCGGAAGCUCUUUCUCAGGGUAUCAUCCGACUGCGGGAAAAGCUUGAUGAUUCGGAUCCAGCCGUCGUUUCAACUACAGUCAAUGUCAUCUGCGAGCUCGCCAGACGCAAUCCUCAGGAUUAUCUCCCUUUAGCCCCUCACUUAUUCCAUCUCCUGACUACCUCGUCCAAUAACUGGAUGCUUAUCAAGCUCAUUAAACUGUUUGGUGCCCUUUCCCCUCAUGAGCCUCGGCUGGUCAAGAAACUGCAACCCCCUAUAACAGAGCUCAUCUCUACGACGUCUGCAAUCUCCCUGCUCUAUGAGUGUGUGCAUACAUGCAUCAUAGGCAACAUGCUUCAGGGGCCUUCUGGUCUAUCCCUAGCGCAGACUUGUGUCUCAAAGCUCGCUGCAUUCCUUCAGGACGCUGAUCAGAACCUCAGGUACAUUGCUCUCCUUGCCCUCGUCAAAAUCGUGCCUACCCAUGCGAAUUUGGUUGCGGAACACCAAGACGUUAUCCUUGCCAGUGUGGAUGACGAUGAUAUUAGCAUCCGUAUGCGCGCUCUUGAUUUGGUCACCGCCUUGGUCAACAAGCACAACCUGCAGUCCAUCGUCCAACAACUUCUCUCCCAUCUCGUGCAGCCUCAAACCUCAGUACCCUCCGCCGUCCAAUCGUUAUCCCAGCAUGUCGUACCCUCCAUCCCCUCUAAGGCACCCUCCCUGCCUUCUCAGUCAUCCGCAUAUCGCCUCGUUCUCUCCCAGCACGUCAUUUCAAUGUGCUCGAACUCCAUGUACGACAACGUUACUGAUUUUGAGUGGUAUCUCUCAGUCCUUGUCGACCUCACUUACGUCUCAAAUGUGGACAUCGGCCCCCGAAUACGCGACCAACUUGUCGAUAUCAUGGGUAGAGUACGGGCAGUGCGAGCGUAUGCCGUGAAGCUGAUGGUGAAACUGUUGUCCGAUGAGACCUUACUGGUCCAUGCUGGGGAGCCUGGGAGUUGCUCGGAGGUGUUAUGGGCAGCCGCGUGGAUAUGUGGGGAGUACUGCGGCGAGCUGCUCGCACCAGAGGAGCUACUCCCUUACCUGCUUCACUCGGAAAUCCACAAUUUAGAUCCGGAUACCAUAGUUGUGUAUCUUCAGGCAGCCACCAAGGUUUUUGGUUAUUGGUUUACUGAAGCUGCCCAACAAUGGACAGACGACCUUCUUGACAAAGUGAAGGGCGCAGUUGACAGCAUGAUGGAACGAUUGGAGGACUUCGUAUCGAGUCCGCAUAUCGAGGUACAAGAACGGGCAGCGAACAUCCUCCAGUUGUUCACAUUCAUUAAGCAUGACCUUACUACUUACCGCCCCAAAUCGGAACCCGCUUUCUCAGAUGGUUAUUCCGCAUCGCUCUCGGUUUUUGACGCCCCGGAAAUUGACAGCGGGCCAGCUUUCCCAAAGAGCUUGUAUCUGAUUCACCCACUGUUUUCCACUUACGAGCUUAAUCCGGUAGCGUCGGCGGCCCAAGCAAGCGUGCCCAUCCCCGAGGGGCUCGAUUUGGAUGCAUGGCUUGUCCCGUCGAUGCAGGUACCCGUUAAUGACGAAAAUGAGGGUGGUGAAAUGGUGGCUGAGAAGAAGGUGAGGAAAAAGGGAAAGAAGGGCAAAGAAAAGGGAUCUUCGGACCGGACGAAGUCGAAAGAGACGAAGAGACGGACGGAGGGUGAGGAAGUACUUGUUCCUUUGGAGGACACUGAGACGCCAGAGGAGAUAACGGAGCGGGAGCGACAAAAGGCGGAACGACUGGAACGGAUGCGAGAGGACCCAUAUUACAUUACAGAUGACCAACCUCCCAAACCCCCUGUGGACGACGUCGAUUCAAUUCCGAUCAUACGAUUAGACGAGCUACCACCCCCAACGCCCAAAGUUGAACCCCGCCUGUUCGCACUCAAAAGCAGCUCUGCGCGUUCCUCUUCUCCCCGGUUUGUCGUAGAGAAAGAGGGAGAGAUGCCCGAGGGUGCGAUACCUACACCACCUCUGUCACAGUCUGCUCCCAUAACUCGACAACAAACGCCAAGUUUGUUCGAGCGAAUAUCGACACCGCCUCCUAUUUUGCCUUCUUUCCAGCAGUAUGAUGUACCUGGGAAUGAUGCUCGUGCCAGUACACCAGAGCCCAUCAAGGUCACCAGAGUGAAGAGGAAGGGCACUGGUACCGGGAAGAAAAAGCACACGACGGGAACGGGUUAAAUAAAUUUCGAUUGGAGUACACGACAUGUUAUUCGCACCCGAACCAGUUUAUAUCUUAGUGGAAGCUACACAAUAUACAGGGGGAUCUAUUAGCAUACUAGAAUG